AUGGCAUUGUUCCUGGCGGAGAUGUCGCGGCUCCUGCAGGAACAACGCCGUCCGCUACCACCCUUAGUUCCAACACCUCGGACGGGGACAUUGCGUUUACAUGCCGAGAUUCCGAAAUAUUCAGGCUACGCAGAUAGAAAAUCGGUUGCUGAUUUUCUUGACGAAUUGCGUGAAUACCAGGCGGUGUCUGAAAUGUCUGAGGUUGAACUUCUAUCACGCGUACUGCCGAUCGCCCUCACGGGAAGCGCCGCGACAUGGCGUCGGAGACAAUCACCCUUCUCGACGCUACAAGACUUUUCGGAGCAGUUCAAAAAUGAAUUUCUGCCUCCCGAUUACGGCGCGCGAAUGCUCGAUGAGCUUAGGGCGCGCACUCAGCACCGCGACGAGUCCCUAGUCGAGUUUGUUCGGGCGCUCCAAACUCUCUAUGACAGGGCUGACCCUAGUGCGUCCGACUCAGACAAAGUGUCGCGGGCUAUCCGGCAAAGCCACCCGCAGUUUCAUCCCUACCUGCGUGGGCGGGUGUUCCGGAGUUUGGACGAGUUGGCCCAAGCAGCCCACCAGAUCCAGGCGGACAUCCUGGCCGAACUAAGAUAUCGGCCUCCUCCACCGCCGGAGGCUUGCCUGGAACCGUCCUGCGCUUGGACAGGCACGACCAGGCAAUCCAUGGACGAGCAUGGGUCACGGCCAGUUCUCCCCGGAAGGGUACCCCGAGCGCUGGACCCUUACACCCACGGACUGGGCGAUGGUGCUCAAGUCCGCGAGCAUGGCCGCCAAUACCAAGCCCCAUCCAGAGAGCGAUACCCAAGGGCCACCUCAGCUACUCUCCGCUGCUUCCGGUGCGGAAGUCUCGGCCACUUUCGCCGGGACUGCACCCGGCGGGUUUCAAACGACAAUUCGGGAAACGAGCAGUCUCGGCCCAGCCUCACGAGCAGCCCCGCCGGGGGCCUCCUGUGAUGAGCCCGAUGCUGCAGCACCUGGUGUGCCGCCCGCUCGAGCGCCCGAUGACGCUCCCGCUCCCGGAUUACGCGGCGACGCUCUCGCAGGCGCUCGCGGAGAUGCCCCAGGUCCCGGCGUGGCGCCCGCUCGAGCGCCCGAUGACGCUCCCGCUCACGGAUUAUGCGGUGACGCUCUCGGCGGCGCUCGCGGAGAUGCCUCCGGUAGUACCAGCGCCGGUGCUUUCCCCGAGGCUUCCCACGGAGCGGUUCUCGGUGGCGUCCUGGUCCCCGACGAGACAACUCCGGAGAACAGACGUGACGACAACGGCUGCUCGCAGGAAGUGGCAGCGGCGUGGCCGCCCGUCGUCCACCCACAUGCCAGAAAAAUGGCUGAUGCGACCACACCAGCGCGGCCUUCUGGAAAACCCGUAGACAAGUGUAUGGCCCGUGCGGUCCAACCGGAACCCCGUGCCCACUACCGAACGGUGACCUGGGCGGGUCUACGAGACGUGACAAUCCUCAGCAUUUCAUUGAUCAUGGGAAUCCUAGCGACCAUGGUAUCAUGGGCAUGCCACCUCGACGCAGCAACACCCAUUCCUUCCGACGCUCUCGGAGCCGCUCCCGAUCCCCCCUACGCCCCCAAUUCAACCCACGGGGCCACUCGCGCCGCGCCAGGCGACAUAACCGCCGUCAGCAACCGCCACGCACUGCCGAGGCUGCCACCUGGUGCGUGA